AUGUCAGGACGAGGAAAGACAGUGAUAAAUAUUACAAUUCUCGAAGUUAUUGAAACAGUACAAAAUAAGUUGAAUACAAGUUUGACUCCAAUAAAUACAUUAACUGUAGAAAUCGCGAAAAUUAAACAAGAUCUUAAAAAUCUUCAACAAGUGAAUAAAGUGAAUAACGAAAUUAAUAUGUUUAUGCAGCAAAAUAAUACUGAUAUAUUAAAAAAUUAUUAUUUAUUGAAAAGGAAAUGUCUAUUUUCAUCAAUGUUAGAAGAGAAUUUCGAAGAAUUUAAAUCUGUAACAGUAUCACAAAAUCAAGAGAUAUUAGAUAAUCAUAUUAAUGAAUAUGUAAAAACUUAUGAAUCUCAAAAAAGAAACCAUAGAAAAAUAAUUGGUACAGAACCAAUUCCUUGUGAACUUUUCCCACCUCUUACUAUGUGUCAUUUAGAAUCAGAAUUAAUAUCACGUUUGGUUUCUUUUUAUAAUGAUAUAUAUUUAGAAAAAGGGGUAAUUUUUUAUUCUGGAAAACAAAAUCACACAGAACUUAAUCAAGUUCAUGUAAAUUCUUUAAUUAUAAAAGAAAAUUUCGAAAUGUUUUCAUCAGUAGGUUGUAAAUCAGAUCUUAAUGCUAAUAUUAUUGCACAAUUUUUAACUGAGAACAAAGAAGUUGUUUGUUAUCCAGGAUUUAAAUCACAUAAAGAGAAACAUUGGUUCCAUAUAGAAUCAGAAUUACAGGAAAAAAAAUGCAUAAUGUAG